AUGGCCAUGACUAACAACCCUUCCGGUGCACGCGAGUUCGAGCCCGACCUGAGUGAAAGGCCCGCCUAUGAGCCGGAAAGACUGCCGCGGGAGUUUAGUAUACUUGCUGACCUGCUGAGUAACGAAGAGGUUUUGGAUGUGCUUUGCACGGUUCCGGAAGACGCGUUGAGCUUGGACCAAAAGACGGCUUUAGACUCGAUCGCCCAGCACUUCUGCAGCAAGGAGCGGGCCGCCGGCGGCGGCGGCGGCGGCGGCGGCGGCGGCGGGAAACGGAAGCGAGCCUGCCGCCCGGGCGCACCCAAGAGGCCGGCUCCACGCCAUCCAAUGAGGGCAAUCAUGAACCUGGACGCCCUCGACCUCGAUCCCUCUGUUGAACGCUUCUUAGACAGGCAUGGAGCGGACGCCGCACUGUUUCUUGCCCAGGCUGGUGCGAUACAAUGCACGAUUGCACAAGGCGAGGCUGAGAGCCUUGGUGACGCCUUUAUAGCGCGGUACCAAUUUGCAAUCAACCUGGACGCCCAGCUCAAAAUUAACAACCAGCUCUGGUGCUAUACCAUGCUACUCUACCACGAUCUUGUUAAGUACAUCAGACCGGACGGCGCUGGACGGGUCGGAAAGCUUAUGCGCCAGGAGAUCAUCGCCUUCCUCGGCCCGGUGCUUAUUAAAACUCCUAUUAGUACCAGCGCGGCUCUUGAGAACCUCAACAACUGGGCUAUCUGGGGUAGGAAGCUAAACAAACUCUCCGUCGAGUUUGGCCCUGGAUUUGUGUUCUUCCUAGCGCCUAUCCUCUCCAAAGAUUUCGUUAGCGAGAAGCUGACGGCUAGUGGCCGUUACUUUGACGAAGCAAUAUUAAAACUUCGUCAGCUCGAUCUCGCGGAUAAAACUGCCAAGUCCCGCGCCAACGACCUGGGCCAGGCGAUUCGUGAUCACCUUAUCAAGCCGUUUGCGGCGGCCCGGGCCGCGGGGGUCGGGGGUUAA